CUCAGCAUUUCUCUCUUGGAAAAUUAUGUAGUAUCUUCACCGUUAGCGUUCAGAUGACAAUGGUGUUUUCAGAAACAAUGGAUCAGAAAAUUCCUUAUGAUGACUACCAGCUCCCAGUGGUAUUCCUGCCAUCUUAUGAGAACCCACCAGCAUGGAUACCUCCACAAGAGCGUGUUCAUCACCCUGACUACAACAAUGAGCUUACCCAAUUCCUACCUCGCACCAUCGUCCUGAAGAAACCUCCGGGAGCACAGCUGGGCUUUAACAUCCGUGGGGGCAAGGCGUCACAGUUAGGAAUCUUUAUAUCCAAGGUGGUUCCAGACUCCGAUGCACACAGAGCAGGACUACAAGAGGGAGACCAGGUUCUUUCUGUGAAUGAGGUUGAUUUCCAAGACAUAGAGCACUCAAGAGCUGUUGAGAUUCUGAAGACUGCACGAGAAAUACUGAUGAGGGUGCGCUUCUUUCCUUACAACUACCAAAGGCAGAAGGAGAGGACUGUACACUAGGUGGCAGCAAAGAGAGAGAGAGAGAGCGACAGUGGAUAGACACGUCACUGCACAUCAUUACCCUCCUCCCACAGACUCUGGCCUCCAUUCUGUCUCAGCUUCAGGAUGACUGAUGUAUGACUAACAAACUCAUUCAAAGUCCUCCAUGUAAGGACAACAUACACUGUUAAAUUCUCAGUUUCUCCCUCUCACCCAGAUAAUCGAGAACACUCUUAUCUACUGUGAUAUAUAGUGAUUUCUACACCAUAUUUUCUUGGAAUUCAGAGAUGUAUAAACAAAGGCUUUGUAGAAGUGAUAUAUAUUGUCUGGUCAAGCAUAACAUUUAGAAAACCCUGCAUAAUUUAACGAGUGAACCUUGUCUCUAUAGUUUUUCAAGCCCUAAUUAAUGGUCUCAAUUGUAGUCUUAGAAAUAUAAUACUUUAAUCAAGUUGUACUGUACACAUUUGCAUUGAUGACACUGACAUAAGGUAGAGAAAUAUAUUACUACCUGUAACUGUACCUAAUAAACUGGUAAUUGGGUGUAUAUACAUGUAAAAAAUGUACAUAUAACUUGGAUUUCAGUACACACUGACACGUUUGGUACAAAUACAGCAUGGCCUCACAUAUUGUCAGACCAAAUGAUGUUGAGUGCACAACAUUUAGUGGAUUUUUCAAUAUCACUGUGAAUACACUACAUCAAAUUUUUUUUUUAACAAAUAUUUGUAAUUGUGUGGGAAAUAUUAAGUUGUAUAACUAUAUUCAUACAACUGCCAUUGUAUAAAUAUUGACUGCUAUUGAGGACCCAGCAUUACUUUAAUAAUGUCAAGUGUUAUGUUCUUGUUUCAUACAUGGAAAGGUCUACAUACACUUCUCCUGGCCUGAAUGAUAUAUUAGGUAUUUAUUGUAUAAACUACUUACUUAAGGUGCCAAACUGUGACAGGUAUAACCUCUAACAUGCUGUUAAAAUGCAUGAUAACAGCACAUUGUGCCGUGUGUUUAUCUGUGUGUGAUGGCGAUCCAGAAGAAUCUGCCUGGCACUUUUAUUAUUUUCGCCUCUUUGGUAAAACAUGAUCAUCAGUAAAAUCAAGAGAUGCAAGCUUUGGCCAUCAAGUAAAUCUGCAGACAUUCGAACGUUUAUAGAAAGCAGUUGUACACCCCUGGAUGUUACUACAGUAUGCUAGAAUACAGUAAGUUCAUGUAUUAAUAAAUUUGUUAAGACCUAUGUAAAUACCUGCCCUUUGCAUCUUAACACUGUCUUAUUCUUUUGUACACUAAUAAUUUUCAUAAAGGAAUGUUUGGUUUCCCAAUUUGACAAAUGUUUUUCUUAAUGAUCCAGAGCUCAUUAUGAAACUAUCAUUUUUCAUAAAAGAACUUAACAUUGACAAGUAAAAGAAAUAAAAAGUUUUGAACUCUA